UUCUGUCUUAAACAAUGGCUUUCUCUUCACGCUUGAAGGUCAAACCUGGAGAGGUUGAGGAGAGCUUUGAUAGCGUGACUCGCAGGCAAGAUGCUUUAGAAGAAAGAAGAGCUUCAGAGGAAGCAAGAAGAGAAGCCUACGAAGCGGAAAAGGCUCGGCAGGCAACCAUCACCAGGUCAAAGGAAGAAGCUGCCAGGAGAGCUAUGAGAAGCAUGGGAAAUGAUGGUGGUGCUCCGAUGGGAUUUGGUCAGGGCUAUCCAGCACCCAGGAGUCAGGGUGGUCAAGGAUUCACAUGGAAAAAGGGAGAGCAAGCUCAGGACUCAGCAAGGAAAGGAUUGUCUUUUGGUGGAAAUCUGAAGCCAGCCCCGACUGAUACAAGAUCGUCACGGCCAGAUCAUGAUGCAUGCGAGCAGGCAAUCAGCGCCAUGAUCAGCCGGACAUACAACGGCAUGAAGGAAGGCUUGCAAAUGCUUGGCUUGCCAGACUACCCCUUGUCGUUCGCACCUGGACGAGAGCUAAAGCUCUGCGGGCACCACAUUCGAGAGGAGAUCAACGAGAUGAUACAUCAUUGGAUGACUGAUGAGAAGGAAAACUUUUAUACUUCGCUGGCGAAGAUCCAAAGUAUAGUUUCGAAGCCAAUUUUGAGUCAAGAAGAGCUGGAUCUCCUCGACGGAAAGGAUGACUGGCAACGGACGAUUGGGCCGGAUGGUCAGCCGCAGUACACUCGAAGGCAAGAUGGAGUUGCCCAUCCAGCGCAACAAUUUCCACAGGCAGAGGAUGAGGAUGGCGAUGAAGAAGUAAUAGACAUUGCACCAGAUGGAACGCGAUUGAACGGACGAACUCAGCAAGCUCCAGGCAGCCUUCCAAAGUCUAGCGCAACGAGUGCAUCCGCAUCGCAGGCAGAGGCAACCAGAAAGCAAGAUGAGGAGGAGGACUUUUAUGGGCUCCUUCGAGUCUCAUCUUCUGCUUCCUUACAAGAGAUUCGAAAAAAGUUCCGUGAGCUUGUGAUGACCGCGCAUCCAGAGAAGGGUGGAGAUCCAAAGACCUUCCAAAAGCUGAACAAGGCGUACAGCGUGCUGUCUGACCAGAAGAAGCGCCAAGAAUAUGAUGAAAAGCGAUGAAGGUCUCACCCUAAAGCAGAAGAUUGCAGAAACACAGAGAAAAAGAUGAGGUUUGUGAUGGGAUGUGGUUGUCAGGUUUCAUGUUGUUCAACGCGCUGAAGAUUUUGCCUGUUUGAUUUGGAGCGCUUCCAUGCAGAAUGUACACCUUUCGAUCAGAAAUUUGUUCCUGGGGUCAUCUGGAGACGUCGCCGAGUGAAUUGCAAAA